AUGGUAUACAUCAAGGACUGGCCCGAAUUCCAGCAGCGCAGCAUCAAGCUGUACAGGCAAAAUCCUCACAAGAGCCGCUACCUCAUCAAGUCUCGACCCUCUACGCACAGCCUCACUCUUAAGGUGACCGAUGAUACCACUACAAUCAAGUAUCGCACACGCUCUUCAGCCAUCCUGGGUCGACUCGAGGUGUUCAACAAGGCAAUGAUGCUUGCUAUGGCUGGAUCGGAGCAGCCUUUGCAGGAUGCAAAUCCCGAGCCUGCCCCGAGCGCAGUAACGGCAACACAAACAGCAGCGACAUCAUCAACUACAGCAUCAGCUACAGGAGCAACACCGAACAUGGCGACUGCACCAGCACAAGCAGCAAGUGGCGGUGCUGCAGCGGGAGGAGGCGCAGCAUCAGAUAAAAAGAAGAAAAAGAAGAAGGGUAAAAAGUAG